GCCACAUGCUACAGCUGCAUGAAAUGUCACAUUUCAGGGUGAAGUCACAAAAAGAAGAGAUUGUAAGUAACCUUUAAAAGAGGAGUUUACAAGGAUGCUUAACAGCUACAUAACCCAAGAGAACCAUUCCUCCAAUGACACAGUGCUGGAUUCUUCAGAGAAGCUCCACACUGUUCUGAUCGUCCUGUACAUCAUCAACCUGGCUGGUGGCACCCUGGGGGUCAUCAUGAUGGCCCAGCUGUUGUUUCAAAGGAGAUCCCAGUCUGUGAUGACCAUUACGAUCACCAGCCUCCUGGUGCUGCACAGCUUCAUGCUCCUCAGCAUCCCCUUCCGCCUCAGUUACUACAUCUCGGGGGUGUGGAAAUUCGGGAGGUUUGCAUGCAGGCUGACCAGCGCCAUCAUCUACCUGCACAUGUACGCCACCUUCGCCUUUUACGUGGCCAUCAUCAUCGCCCGCCUGCUCCGGCUGGAGUUUCGGAAGUGCUACACCGCGGCCUGGGUGGGGGCUGUCUGGCUGCUGGGAGCGCUGGUCAUCACACCCGUUCUCCUCUCCUACUACGGCACCUCGAAGACAUACCGCUCCUCCGAGUGCUUCCAGUUCCACAGGGAGCUGCAGGAGGCUCACAUGGUGAUCGCAAACUACUGCCUGGUUGGGGUUCUGGUGGCGGUGUGUGCCGUGCUCACCGGAAUCCAGCUGACUGUGAUCUACAGAGUAGCUGUGAAAUACUGGCCUGACAUUAACUCUCAUGUGGAAUUCAGGGCCCAGGCAAAGAGCUUCUUCUUCAUCUUGGUAACGUUAGUCUGUUUCAUGCCUCAUCAUGUAUUCAGAGUAUAUUAUAUCCAAAACUAUGACCUUGAUAAAGACCAUAAACUACUCCUAUACAAUGAGGUGUUUUUAGCUUUAACAACGAUGUGCUGCCUGGAUAUGUUGUGCUUCAUAGCAGGAAUAGCCCACUGAACCAGGAACUACCAGGAAGCCCAGCUGCAGCGUGUCAAUACUGGCUGUUUAGAGAAACAAAACUGUGUUGUGAUUUUCCCAAGCU